AUGUUGUAUUCGAGUGUUGAAGAUUAUAGUUUGUUUGAGAACAACCUCGUUUUUUGGAAUGAAACUGGAGACGGCGACGAGUCACGUGGUAAGGGGACGGUGUCGAUGAGCGGCGGAGGAGGCGGCGGAGCACGAGCGGACGUGGAUGGGGCCGGUGAGGGGGGAACGGUUGGAGGCCCAGCAGCUGGGGAGGUUGUUGGGGACGGUACGAGUUUGGGUCAGGCGGGGGUGGAUCAGCUGGUGAACCUUGGGUAUCCCACCACAAGAGGAAAUGCGGGUGGAGGUGCUGGUGCUGGUGGAGGUGCCGAUGCAGUCGAGGAAUCCAACUCGUCGGUUUUCUCGUACUCCAGCAUGUCUACCGGGGGCGGAGGAGCAGUGUUCGGUGGUAUAUUUUACGAUGCGGACUUCUUCUCGACGAGCUUGCGGAACCUGAUGUUGACAAGGACACCGUCGUUCGAGGAACAGAUGCUGCAAUCGAUGGAGUCGACCAACGUCGCGGCGUUGCUGACGCCCAACGUGGACCCUGUGAUGUCUUACUCCAGCUAUACGGAUCUCUCGCAAUUGCCGAUUUACGAGCAAGAGCAGGCCUCUCCCAUGUCGUUUCCCACGACGUUGAGAUCCCAGCAGGGCAUGGAAAGCCCGCUGGCUGGCGGGCUGCGUGCUGUACGAGUGAUGGGUGAUGACGGUGGGGAGGACAGUGAGAGGGAUGGACUAAUAAGACCAGUGAGUGGGGGGGCAGGAGUGGUAGGAGGCAGGGGCGCCCUUUACGGGAAACAGACUGUUGUCAGCGGCAGGAAUAGCACUAGUAGCCAGGACAGCAGUUGCAAUGACCAUUAUGCGGACGUAGACGGCGAGGAUGAGGACGAGGAUGAGGAUGAGGACAACAGCGAGUAUGGCGGGGAGUCGCACGAUAAAGUGCCCAGGCAAAGACGCUGUUCCAGACGGUCCACCAGCUCUCCCAGCACGGCGUUAUGCAACAACAAGAAGGUGUCCGAUUCGCGGCUUUCAGCACAGGGGCUCGCUGAGGUGUUAAAGUUGGCAUCAGCUGAGGAGGCGCUGCGCCGUGAGAGGUUUGUUCUCGAUAUUCUAGAAAACGAACUGCACUACCCGCUUGGCUACAAAACGUGGGUCCGCGAUACUUCGAAAGAGUACCGUAGCCAGCUCCUGGAUCUUCUCCACGAGCGGGUGAAGGUCAAGUACCCUGAGUACGACAAGCCCGUGCUGGAGACCAUUAUAAGGCGCGCCACCUACUAUAUGAUGCAGUCGAGGUUGAGAAGAGAGCGCAGAGCGAAGGCAAAGGCAAAAAGAGACAGCGUCUCGAGCUUUUCCGCAGAAUUGAAGGAGACUGCCAAUGCCGCUGCCUCGUCUAGUUCUGCUUCUUCCGCUUCUUCGUCUGGAGCCACAGCAGUGUCUGAUUCAACCGCUCCUACUGAUGCCCUUCGAACUAAGGUAUCUACUAUUUUCGCUUCCAAUGGUUACGGAAGUGCGUCCUUUAUGUUGUGA